AUGUCGUUUGGCAGGCAGCGAUCCAUGUCGGCGUCGGGCCAGUCUCUCUACGCGCUCCUGGGCGUGGAACCGGGAUGCGGCCACGACGACAUCAAGAAGUCGUACAGGAAUCUGGCGCUGCGCUACCACCCGGACAAGAACCCGGACAACCCCGAGGCUGCGGAGAAGUUCAAGGAGGUGAACGCGGCCCAUGCCGUCCUGUCCGACCCGGGCAAGAGGAACAUCUACGACGCUUACGGCUCGCUGGGGCUGUACGUGGCGCAGCAGUUCGGAGAAGACAACGUCAGCGCCUACUUCGCGCUCACCACCUGCUGGGCCAAGGCUUUGUUGGCGCUGUGCGGGCUGUUGACGGGGUUUUACUGCUGCUGCUGCUUGUGUUGCUGCUGCGACUGCUGCUGCGGACGCCUCAAGGCCACGCUCCCAACCGACGCGGAGGCGGAGACACCCUCCGGCGACCUGCGGGAGGACGACCGGGAGGGGGAGGAGCUACGACACCUGCCCAAUGGGGAGACGGCAGAUGCGACCGCGCCGGUCGUUGAGCAGCCGACCGCCGCCAACGAGAAAACUCAACUCAUCUCGGACGGACGCCGCAGUUAUGGAGACGCCUACGCGUGA